AUGAGAGAUUGAUUGAAUUACAGGGAACCUCUAAGCUAUUUUAGUUUGAUACUUAAAUUGAACGGCUUUGCCUUCUCACAUUCCUCAUUGGGUCUCCUAAGACCAAAAUUUCUCAAGAAACCAGAUGGUGGUCAACCUCCCAUCUUCUUCCCUUCUCUUACCAUUGAUCUUCCUCUUCUUAAUAUUCAUCACAAUCAGCGGCCAACAUUUCACAAUCCCAGAAUCAACCAUAGAGGAAAUCCAACAAGCCUUCUCUGAAAACAGACUGACAUCAACACAACUCGUAGACUUCUACAUAACCCAAAUCAAAACCCUCAAUCCCCUGCUUCACAGCAUUAUAGAAGUGAAUCCAGAUGCACGUGAUCAAGCUAAAAACGCUGAUGAAGAAAGGAGAGAAAAUCAGGGCAGGAGAAGCUUAGGGGACUUACAUGGGAUCCCAGUGUUGUUAAAGGACACGAUUGGGACUAAAGAUAAGUUGAACACAUCAGCUGGAUCCUACGCUUUGGUGGGUUCAGUGGUGGCCAGAGAUGCAAGCGUUGUAGAGAAGUUGAGAAAGGCUGGUGCAGUUAUAAUGGGAAAAGCUAGUCUUAGUGAAUGGUACAAGUUUCGUUCUUUAAGUCAUGUACCUAAUGGUUGGUGUGCUAGAGCUGGACAAGGAGUGAAUCCUUACCUUGUAACAGGGGAUCCAUGUGGCUCAAGCAGUGGAUCAGCAAUUUCAGUAGCAGCAAACAUGGUGGCAGUAUCACUUGGAACUGAGACUCAUAGUUCCAUCAUAUGUCCCUCUGAUCAUAACUCUGUUGUAGGUCUCAAACCCACUGUUGGUCUCACUAGCCGUGCUGGUGUUAUUCCAGUUGCGCCUAGCCUAGACACCAUUGGGCCUGUAACCAGGACAGUGUCUGAUGCAGUUCGAGUACUAGAUGUAAUUGUGGGUUUUGAUCCAAGAGAUUAUGAGGCAACACAAAGAGCAGCCAAGUUCAUACCUGCUGGUGGUUACAAGCAAUUCCUCAAUCCAAACGGGCUCAAAGGAAAGAGAUUGGGCAUAGUUAGGAACCCAUUUUUGAAGUUGUUGAAUCAAUCUAUAUUUCCUAUCUUUGAGCAUCACGUGAACACAUUAAGGGAAAGAGGUGCCACUGUAGUGGACAAUCUUGAGAUAGCAAACAUAAAUACUAUUGUCAAUCCAUCGCGAAGCGGUGAACUGACACUAAUGAUGGCUGAGUUCAAACUCUCCUUAAAUGAUUACCUGAAAGAUCUAAUCACUUCUCCAGUCUGGUCGCUUGCUGAUAUUAUAGCCUUCAACAAAAAUAACCCCGAUCUAGAGAAGGAUAAAGAGUAUGGUCAGGAUACAUUCAUAGCAGCGGAGAAGACGAAUGGCAUUGGAGAGAAAGAAAGGAAAGCUAUAGAGUUGAUGGAAAAACUCUCACAAAAUGGUUUUGAGAAACUGAUGAUGGAAAAUAAUUUGGAUGCAAUGGUGACACCAGGUUCAGGUGCCACAUCCGUGCUGGCAAUUGGUGGAUACCCUGGGAUUACUGUCCCAGCUGGAUGUGAUAUCAAUGGGAUGCCAUUUGGGAUCUGUUUCGGUGGAUUAAAAGACACUGAACCAAAGCUAAUUGAGAUUGCUUAUGACUUUGAGCAAGCUACCAUGAUGAGAAAGCCUCCUCUUCUUGAAUCUUUUCAAAUGACUCCAGAAUUUCUAUCUGGAAGUUUUUAACAUACUAAUGAUGACUGGUUUGCAUACAAGGACUUUUCCCUUUGUGCUGGUAGAGAUACGGUACUGCAUUGAUUCAGAAAAUCAUCCAGGACACCUUAAAUCCAGAAAAAAGGCCCUUGUAUAUAUUAUUGUUAACUUGUAGUUGCUCGUACGAUAUUCUGGCUUUCAAGUUCAACAAAGCCUUGAUUGUUUGCAGUCUUUGAACUUGUCUUGAUUUCUUCUCUGAAAUGGAAACUAGCCAUUGUCUAAAUGUCAUUGGAAUAACGUAGUCCAAGGUUAUCCUGA